AGAUUUAUCUACUAAAAAAUAUAAAUGGAAGAAAACCAAUUCAACACUGGCAACAAUCAAAAUGAUAAACAAGAUAAAAAUAACCCAAUAUAUCAAGACAACUUUUUUAACCAAUUCGAACCCACAGCACACAUAGAACCUUCUAGAAACAUUUUAAAUAGUCAAGACCAGACUUAUUUUUUCCCUCCAUUCGAUGUUCAGCCUUCUACUAACACCAAAAUGCACACAGAGGACAAUUACUCCUCCAUGUUUUAUCCCCCCUUCGAGACACCCUCAGACAAUUAUGUUGCUCAACCCACAAAGAGCACAUUAUUAUCACUUUUUCAAAACGCAAUGUCAAAUCCUGAAGAGAGGACUGCUUUGAGUGAACUCUUCCGCCAACUGACUUCAGUGGGGGGUGAAGACAAGUCCUCUAACAAUCCCCAAUGUCCUCUCCUACCUAAUAAUUCAUACACAUACACAGACAUGUACCAAACAGCCACAAACAAUGCACAAAUAACAACCACAAAACCACCCCACGUCACUCAAUCCACAAUGAACUACUAUUCCUGUGUAGGGUCGCCACUCUACAACUCAGAAACCGGGGAAUUGGCGGGCCAGAAAUGUCCUUUUAAAGACGCCUCCCCUCUGAGACCUGAUUCUGAGUUGUUUGACACAGUGGCACAGUCCUCGGAUGCUGUAGUACUCUAACACGUGAUUUUAGACCCCGGGGAGUCGUUCCACUGAAUUUAGUCCCCCU